AUGAUCGGUGGCGGCUGCGGGAUGUUCGCCUCGUGCUUGCGGUGGCGACGGCAGCGGCGGUCGGUGGGGAGGAGCGGUGACCAGGACCUCGCCCCGGUCCUGCUCGUCUCCGGCAUGGGAGGGUCGAUCCUGAACGCGAGGAGCAAGGAGACGGGGGCUGAGUUGCGCGUAUGGGUGCGGCUCCUGCUGGCGGACCUCGAGUUCAGGAAACUCUGGUCACUCUUCAACCCCGAGACUGGUGAGUGUUUAUCUCUCGUCUUGCCGAUGGAAUCGCAAAGCAUGUGUUUAUUUGUGCACUUUUCUGGUUUCCGACACGUAUACAUUGAUCCUCUGAGAAAUGCAAACUCGCAUGUUUUUUAUUAUCCUUGGUGUCGGUUCAAUAAAAUACAUGCUCGGAACGCUCUUCAGUUUGGAAACCGCUUCGAAUGCUGACUAGCAUCGUCUGAAACGUAUACCAUGCCGAACAUAGAAAGUGUUUCUCAUACGUAGGAUAAAUAACCCGUCCGUCUGCAAGCAUGCAAACAGUAAUUGCGAACCUGUGGCUGCCAUUUUUAUUUUGAGUGAACUCCUGGAUGGUCUGUCAACAGACGGUCUCAUUCGCCCAAUUUUGGUUAGCAUUUCGUCCUCAUAAUGCUAACAAAUUUUGGGAAAAUAUGGCUGUACGAAAAAAAAUAGAAAUACGUCUAUGACACGUUUAUUUGCGAUUGUUAACAAGUGACGUCAAAAAUAAAAAACCGUAAAGUUCAACCAAAAACCUAUUAAAUAACUAAAACACAUCACUUCCGUGUAUCAGCCCAAAGAUCUCUUCGUAUCAUCAAUAUUAGCGAUGAAAUUGUAUUAAAGCAUUUUCUACAAAUUAUGCUACAAAGUUACUGGAAUGACAUACAGUUAUGAUUUGACAGGCUGUACAGAAUGUUUAGAUCCUCACAUUGAAAUUGUUGUUCCUGACGACGACUAUGGAUUAUAUGCAAUUGACAUUCUUGAUCCAUCGUGGGUAAGUAAAAUUAUGGAAAAAAUAUUCCGUUUUUCUUGUUGAUCAUUAUCAUUCACUUUCUUCAUUUCGAAUUUCCUCGUCAUUCUAUGGUUGCUUGCAGUUUAUUACUUCACGAAUGUGAAUAAAGUAAUGCUUUUUCCACAAUUAUGGUUAUUUUAGGGAUUUACGCAAACCCUCUUUUUGCGAUAGAUUUGAUAGUUUGAAUCAGCGUUGAAAUCGUCUCCCCACGUGCAAGAAGAAAACAUGAUUGCCAAUGUGUUAUGACAUAAGAAAGUCAGGACAUCAUGGGCAGAAAUGUGUUGACUUUGUCUUCGUGGAGGCUGCACUGUGACGUGAUUUACUUGAAGAGAGUACAUCUGUACCCAUGUUAGGCUUAAAUUUGUUGAAUCAUUGUUCCUUAGGUGAAUCGGUACAGUUUUUCUUAACAAGUUGUUUUUGUUGAAGAAUCAUAUGUAUCUAUAAUCAUGCACGAUGAGGCAGACAGACAAAAGUUUCAUUGAAUCCAAAGCAGUAAAAUUCCUGUUGCCUUGCACAAUUUAAGCAGAUGUUUCAGCGGAUUUUUUUUUUUUUCAAGAGAACUUGUUCUUAAGUGCUGGGAGGAAGGUCUGUUUACACAGAUAACGGCAGCCUGAUUUAUUUUUUUUAUUGCUCGUAUGUAAAAACCAGGGAGAGGUAAAAUAUAUAUAUAUUGUUGAAUUAAGAGAUAUUAGUCUUCUUGAAUUUAUUAUUGAUAUCCCUUUUAGUCAAAACUGUACGGGAUGUAACAUUUUGUAUUCGUUGAUGUAUGAUAAUUUUCAAUAAUCUUAGGACCUUUUAUAUGGCAUAGCUUAACGUUGUGCGUUGGUGAUACAGUUUACAAAACUUGUACAUUUGACCGACGUUUAUCAUUUCCAUGAUAUGAUUGAUAUGCUUAUUGGUUGCGGAUACCAGAAGGGAACCACACUUUUUGGAUUUGGUUAUGACUUUCGACAAAGCAACAGGUUAAGUAUCUUCUUAGACCAGCUAUUUGGCAUAAAAUGAAAGUUAAUUUUGUGAAAUUUAUGAAAUGUUAUACCCUGGAUAUUGGUUUCAUCUUGGUAAUUGUUUUUGACAGAAUUGAUAAAGUUAUCAGUGCCCUAAAAGAGAAACUAAUCACGGCUUACAAGGCCUCAGGGGGGAAGAAAGUGGAGAUUAUUUCACAUUCCAUGGGAGGUUUACUUGUUCGGUGCUUCCUAUCCCUACACAAAGAUGUAAGUGAUAUUUUCAUUCAUUGGUACCUUCUCAAUUCCUUGUCAUCGAUGCCUUCAUUUUAACCCAAUUCUACUCCAGGUUUUUGAAAAGUACGUAAGCAAGUGGAUUUGCAUUGCAACUCCAUUCCAAGGUAAUCAAUAGCCAUUGACAGGUUAACUCCACAUCGCGGAAUCAGCUUGCAUCACAAAGUGGAAAUCAGAGGAAAUCACUUGUUACUCUUCACUGAUGGCCUUUUCGGUACAGGUGCACCAGGAUACAUCAAUGAUUGUCUUUUAACCGGGUUGCAGUUUGUUGACGGAUUUGAGAGCUUCUUUUUCGUAUCUAGAUGGACCAUGCAUCAAUUGGUAAUUCUCAAUCCCUCCUAAAUCGAUUUUCAGAAAUAUCAAUGGAAGUGGACAGAUUUGUUGUGUUUAUGGAUAGUGAUUAAUUUAACAUCCAUCCAAAGCAUAGAAAGAAAACAUUCGUAGGCCUUUCUAGUAAUCGUCAAAUAUCAUAAAACUUUGACAAUGGGCAUGAUUUUUGAGACAAGAGAACCUUUUAUGAUGCAGUUGGUUGAAUGCCCGUCCAUCUACGAAAUGUUACCGAACCCAGAAUUCAAGUGGAAGCGGAAGCCUUUGAUCAAUGUCUGGAGAAAACAACCUGAUAGCAAGGAUGGCUCUGUGGUGAAACUGGACACAUACGAUUCAACAGAGAGCACUACAUUAUUUGAAGAAGCGCUGAGGAACAAUGAGGUGCUUGAAUUCAAGCAUAUUGACUUACUGAAUUCUUUUUAAAAUAUCUUUCUAGAUUUCAGCUUCCAAACAUGUUCCAAAUUAUUCUUCCUAUUAUUAACAUGCUUUCUAGAUCUACCUUUUCAGUCAUUGAAAACUGCUCGCGGGAAGCCGCCCCUCAAGUUCUCUGCAUGUAGAAUAGCUGCAAUUUCUUUAUAUCGAAGACCUUGGAUGUUGUCGUAGCAGUAGAUUUCUUCCCUACUUGAAUGUCAGUGGAGCUCGUUUGCCCUCGAAUUCUUUCACUUCAGUUGUCUAGCUUGAAAAUUUCCAGAUGCACGGCAUUCAUUGAAAGCGAGUUUGAAAGUCCCAGAUUACCUUAAGCCCGCUAAACCUGAAUCAGGGUCUUAGCUUUUUAUUAUUGGGAACCUUCCAGUUAACUAUCGUGGAAAUUUUAACCCUCCAUUCAGAAAGCAAUUCCUCUCCUUCUUUACUUCUUUUCUUCUUUUCCCCUUCUCUCGUAUCAGACUUGAAUGAGACAUAAAUCCCCAACCGUUUCUUCAUCUAUGGAUAGGUAAAGUACAAUGGGAAGUCUGUCCCGGUGCCUUUCAAUCUCUCCAUUCUCAAGUGGGCUGCUGAUACUCGCAAAACCCUCGAGAAUGCCAGUUUGCCCGAGAAUGUCUCCUUCUAUAGCAUAUACGGGACAUCAUUUGACACACCUUUUGAUGUCAGGUACGCCCCAAAAUGAGCCUAUCUCCAUAUAUAUAUGCAUAUAUAGAUUAGACUUGCGACAUUGAUGGGUACCCCACCGGUGUCUGAAAAAGGCUGUUUUGGUCAUCCACCAUCUUCAGUUGAAAACUGAACCAUCGAAUGAUAAUAUGCUUCUCUUUUUGAAAGUUAAAGCUGACUUUGUCUGAAGCAUUCGUAUGGGGAGCCCUUGCCUCAGUGUGGCCCUGGUUAAUGCUUCUCUGCCUGUUAAUGCAGCUACGGCUCAGAAGACUCACCCAUCGGUGACUUGUCUGAAGUCUGCCACACAACGGUAGGCGAUUUGUUUCUCCCAAUUGAUGUAGCAUAAUCUUGCCUGAGAAAUGGUAUCCAGGCACUAGAGAGAAAGAGAGAGAGAGAGAGAGACCCAGAAAAGAUGAUCCCAGUUUUCCUCUUGCUGUUCAAUUUUUUCUGAUUUCAAUAUCAAUCUGGCAUCUGAUGACGCCAUUUUUUUUAACUUUACAGCCUGAGUAUUCGUAUGUAGAUGGCGACGGAACUGUUCCUGCCGAAUCAGCGAAGGUGGUAUCUCCUUCCCCAUCACUCCAAACUACAGACCACCCUCUCCCCCCUUCCUCUCAAUUGAAAUGACUGGCCUGACUUUCUCUCCCUCCCCCCUGCUUCUGCCGUAGGCGGAUGGUCUCCCUGCGGCGGCCAGAAUGGGCGUCCCUGCGAACCACAGGGGCUUGCUGCGGGACGAGACCGUGUUCGAAUUGCUUAAACAGUGGCUUGGGGUUGACCAGAAGAACGCCAUGGCUCUGCCCACGUCCAAGGUGGCGGACGCCCCCCCAAGGUGA